UGCCAAGAGGUCAAAACCUUCAGAAGAAAUCAGGUUCUUUGGGAAUCUUUUCUGUGCAGCAGCAGAGAGAGAACAGCAGACAGGAGAGAGGAUACCAAAGAUGUUAUCAUCAGUGUGCACAUAUCAAACAUUCCCUCUGAAAGAAAAAUGGUGUGAUUUCCUGUUGGACCUGUAUUCUUAUGAUACUAAAACAGCCUUGAGUGUCCUUCCCUCAUUACAGUCAGUUUUCCAGUCAGCUUUCUACUUAGCUCCUGCAGUCUGGUCCAUAAACCUCUCAGAGAGAAAGACCUCUGUCCUCCUGGAAGUGCUGAAACUCCAAAAAGAGAAGAAAGAAGUGGAGCUGACAGGCUGCUCACAUGAAGAGAGUGAAGUGAGGAGUUUCCUGCAGUGUCUGCCUUAUAUUUCAGAGCUCAGUGUUUGCCAUGAGAUGUUGGAUGAAAAAGCAGUCAGGUUCUUUGGGAAUCUGUUCUGUGCAGCAGCUGAGAGAGAACAGCAGACACGAAAGAAGACACUGAAGUUGCUAUCAUCAGUGUGCGCAUAUGAAACAUUCCCUUUAAAAAACAUAAACUUGCAUGACUGUAAAGAACAGGAAUAUCAGUGCAAUUCUCUGCUGGAUCUGUGCUCUCAUGUGAAGGACUGUGAGGCUAAAACAGGCUUGAGUGUCCUUCCAUCAUUACAGUCAGUUCUUUCAGUUCCUGCAGUCUGGUCCAUAAACCUCUCAGAGAGAAAGACCUCCAUCCUCCUGGAAGUGCUGAAACUCCAACCAGAGAAGAAAGAAGUGAAGCUGACAGGUUGCACACAUGAAGAGAGUGAAGUGAGGAGUUUCCUUAAAUGUCUGCCUUAUAUCUCACAGCUCAGUGUUGAUCCUGAGAGGUCAGAUCUUCAUGAAGCAGUCAGGUUCUUUGUGAAUCUGUUCUGUGCAGCAGCAGAGAGAGAACAGCAGACAGGAAAGAAGAUACUGAAGCUGUUAUCAUCAGUGUGCAGAUAUAAAACUUUCCCUAUUAAUGAGAGCUACAUGAUUGUGAAAUAUCAGUGUGACUUCCUGCUGGAUCUGUACUCUCAUAUGAAGGACUACAAGACUAAAACAGGCUUGAGUGUCCUUCCAUCUUUACAGUCAGUUUUACAGUCAGCUCCUGAAGAGUGGUCCUUAAACCUCUCAGAGAGAAAGACCUCCAUCCUCCUGGAAGUGCUGAAACUCCAACCAGAGAAGAAAGAAGUGGAGCUGACAGGCUACUCACAUGAAGAGAGUGAAGUGAGGAGUUUCCUUCAGUGUCUGCCUUAUAUCUCACAGCUCAGUGUUGUUCCUAAGAGGUCGGAUGACCAACAAGGAAGUUUCUUUGGGAAUCUGUUCUGUGCAGCAGCAGAGAGAGAACAGAAGAUAGUGGAGCUGUUAUCGUCAGUGUGUAGAUAUGAAAUGUUCCCUUUUGGUCACUGGUACUUGAUACCAUAUCCAUGUGACUUCCUGCUGGAUCUGUACUCCCAUAUGAAAGACUAUGAGACUAAAAGAAACUUGAGUGUCCUUCCGUUGUUACAGUCAGUUUUACAGUCAGCACCAUCUACCUGGUCCAUAAACCUCUCAGAGAGAAAGAUCUUCAUCUUCCUGGAGGUGCUGAAACUCCAACCAGAGAAGAAACAAGUGCAUGUGAGCAGCUGGCCAGAUGAAGAGAGUGAAGUGAGGAGUUUCCUUCAGUGUCUGCCUUAUCUCUCACAGCUCAGUGUUGAUCCGCGGAAGUCAGAAGCAGUCCGGUUCUUUGGAAAUCUGUUCUGUGCAGCAGCAGAGAGAGAACAGCAGACAGAGAAGAUAUUGGAGUUGUUAUCAUCACUGUCCAGAUUUAAAAUAUUCCGAGGUAUUAGGGCUUGCGGUGGUAAUAGAGAAAGGGACAAGGAUCCAUGUGACUUCCUGCUGAAUCUGUACUCCCAUAUGAAGGACUAUGAGACCAAAACAGGACUGAGUGUCCUUCCAUCAUUACAGUCAGUUUUCCAGUCAGCUGAAGCUGAAGUCUGGUCCAUAAACCUCUCGGAGAGAAAGGCCUCCAUCCUCCUGGAAGUGCUGAAACUCCAACUAGAGAAGAAAGAAAUGGAGCUGACAGGCUGCUCACAUGAAAAGAGUGAACUGAAGAGUUUCCUGCAGUGUCUGCCUUAUAUCUCACAGCUCAGUGUUGAUCCUGAGUGGUCGGAUGAAGCAAAAAUCAGGUUCUUUGUGAAUCUGUUCUGUGCAGCAGCAGAGAGAGAACAGCAGACAGGAGAGAAGAUACUGGAGCUGUUAUCAUCAGUGUGCAGAUACAAAGGAUUCACUUUGAAAGAAAAAUGGCUUGAUUUUCUAAUGGACACGUACACUUUUGAGACUGAAACAGGCUUGAGCGUCCUUCCAUCAUUACAGUCCGUUUUCCCAUCAGUAGUUUGGUUCAUAAACCUCUCAGAGAGAAAGACCUCCAUCCUCCUGGAAGUGCUGAAACUCCAACCAGAGAAGAAACACGUGGAGCUGACAGGCUGCUCACAUGAAGAGAGUGAAGUGAGGAGUUUCCUUCAGUGUCUGCCUUAUAUCUCACAGCUCAGUGUUGAUCCUGAGAGGUCAGAUGAAGCAGUCAGGUUCUUUGGAAAUCUGUUCUGUGCAGCAGCAGAGAGAGAACAGCAGACAGGAGAGAAGAUACUGGAGCUGUUAUCAUCACUGUGCACAUAUCAAACAUUCCCUGUUCAUGAGAGAGACAGGGUUGCAGAGUAUCAGUGUGAUUUCCUGCCGGAUCUGUACUCCCAUGUGAAGGGAUGUGAGACAGGCUUGAGUGUCCUUCCAUCAUUACAGUCAGUUUUCCAGUCAACUCCUGCAGUCUGGUCCAUAAACCUCUCAGAGAGAAAGACCUCCAUCCUCCUGGAAGUGCUGAAACUCCAAUCAGAGAAGAAACAAUUGAGUCUAACAGCUUGGUCAGAUGAAGAGAGUGAAUUGAGGAGUUUCCUUCAGUGUCUGCCUUAUAUCUCACAGCUCAGUGUUGAUGCUUGGACGUCAGAUUGUGAUGAAAAAGUCAGGUUCUUUGGGAAUCUGUUCUGUGCAGCAGCAGAGAGAGAACAGCAGACAGGAGAGAAGAUACUGGAGCUGUUAUCAUCAGUGUGCACAUAUCAAACAUUCCCUUUUAAUCACAGAGACAUGCAUGGUGAUAUUAAUUAUAUUGUUAAUUUUGAUCAUAUGAAGAAAUAUCAGUGUGAUUUCCUGCUGGAUCUGUACUCCCAUGUGAAGGACUGUGAGACUAAAACAGGUUUGAGUGUCCUUCCAUCAUUACAGUCAGUUUUCCAGUCAGCUCCUGCAGUCUGGUCCAAAAAACUCUCAAAGAGAAAGACCUCUGUCCUCCGGAAAGUGCUGAAACUCCAAUCAGGGAAGAAAGAAGUGAAGCAGACAGGCUCCUCAUAGUGAAGUGAGAAGUUUGCCCAGUCACCAAUGAUUUGGAAAGAAGGAACUUGUAAUUCAAAUAAGGCCAUCCUCACUGUAACCCAUGAUAAGAAACUCACGUUGUCUUUCAUGAGAAAGAUUUAAGAAGCACCUUAAAUUUGUGAAGCACAGCUGGAUGAUAGUGAUGGUUCUACAUAAGAUCUAAUUUAAAGAAGAAAAAGGUCUUCUCUAUGAGUGAUAA